AAGUUUCAGGAGCAGUCACUCCUCUAACUGCGCUCCGGCUGUCAUGGGCAUCGACCGGCGGCGGAGAGCCUCCCUGGCUCUCACCUUGAACUUCCUCGCCCUGUUCCUGGCCGUGUCGGCUCUCACCACCAGCUACUGGUGCGAGGGGUUGCGGAAGGUGGUGAAGCCGUUCUGCACCGGUCCGGUCACCACCAAGCAGGCGUUCUGCAUCACGUUCAACAGCUCCAACAUCAACGACACGCGUCUGGUGCAGUACAUCUGGGAGACCGGGGAGGACAAGUACGUGAUGAGGAGAUUUCACACCGGCAUCUGGUUCUCCUGCGAGCAGAACAUCAACAUGACCGGUGAGAAAUGCCGAAGUUUCAUAUAUGUGGCACCGCAGAAUGAAAGAGGGGUGCUGUGGCUGUGCAUCGUGGCAGAGUGCCUGUACAUCCUGCUGCUGGCCACCGGAGGCAUCCUCAUGUCUCUAGAAGUGUGUCACAUUGGCAACGUCAUCGACGGCCUGAAGCUCAACGCCUUCGCUGCCAUAUUCACUGUGCUCUCAGGUCUAUUAGGUAUGGUGGCCCACAUGAUGUUUACCACAGCCUUCCAGCUGACUGUCAGUCUGGGUCCUGAGAACUGGAAACCUCAAACGUGGGACUACAGCUGGUCGUACAUAUUGGCCUGGAGCUCCUUCACGGCCUGCAUGGCGUCCUCGGUCACUACCAUCAACCGCUACACCAAAACCAUCCUGGAGUUCAAGCACAAGCGGAGAAACAUCGAGAAGAACCUGAAGAUCAAGCAGAAGCUCCUGGAGCUGGACUCUCCAGAGCAAGUGUGGGACAUGUACAUCAGCUCGGUGCCGAGCACUGCCGAAGAGCUGCUGGACCUGUCGACGAACGGCCGCAAACUCUCCAACGCCUCCAUUUUCCUGGACCUCAACAACCUGCCCGACCCGCAGGCAGAGGAGUAUUGCUAGAGGAGCGUUUGGAGAUAUGGCAACAUGGAUGUUUUGUUCUGUGUGGUACAGCGUGAAUACUGUAAAAAGGCUAGCCGAAAGCUUUACUUUUUUUUUCUUUUCCCCCAAACAAAUUCAUACAAUUAACUUCUUGCUCUGCUUGGCUCUGUACCAGCUUGUAAAAUGAGAUUGGAGAGUGUUUGGAACCACUGUGGGGAUCCAACCACAGAUUAGUUUUGGUGGGGAUUUCACCAGCAUUGCACACUCUGUUAUGAUCCAUCGAUUUGCCUCGGAAAUCUAAAAUAGGAGCUGGGAAUAGGGUAAACACCAGUGAAUUGCGUUCCAGUUAACACAGUCGGAGAAGUCAGAAUUUCAAAAUAAAAACAAAAGGUUAGGAUUCCAAUGUGGCGACAGCCAUCAAAGCUGGCUUCUUGUAGUCGAUGUGAGGUGCUGCCAUCGGCCAACUUUCCAUGAGGAAAGUCCAAAUUAAGCGGCCGUUACAGUGGAUUUUUUAUGAUCAUAAGCCUGGAUUUCCGACUACAAAUGGAAUGUCACAUUAUUUCCUACUAUUAAAACAUCAGCUGGGAUUUUCAAAAGUAUGCUACGAGAUGCUGUAUUUUCUCACGACACAUUAAGGGUCAAUACAGUUCUGCGCCAAUAUCAUUAUUCUCGCCAGUUCCCAGGAUAGCACAUUAGCAUUAGAUCAUUACUUGGGAGUUUUGAACUCUUCUACCAAUCAUAUCUGACUUAAUCUGGUUUCGAUGCGAAGCACAGCAAUCUGAAUGCAAUGAAACUAUUCAUCAAUCUUCAGAACUUUAACACAACUUAUUAGUCUGUGAGUUUUUCCACUUAGACUAUUAUCAAAAACAACACAAUCGUCAUCAACAACCUUUAUUUAACCAGGAUAAGACUCCUUGAGAUCAAAGAUGUAUUUUCCAAGAGUGUCAUGACAUACACAUAGCAUAGCUGAUGAGUCAUAGGUCAUCAUGAUGACAUUUGCAUGUUCUAAAAUAUGUAUAACCUUUGCCUAAGCGACAAACUUGCAUUGUCUUCUAACUGUUUUUUAUUCACAUUAGCUAGCUAGCUAACAGCAAAAACCUAGCUAGCUAACAUGCUAAUUGCUGCCUACCAAAAGACCAAGGAAAAUAGUUUUUAUUUAUUUUUUUCAUUUAUUUACUUGGGUACAUAAUUUAUAUUUUUUAUAUACAGUUUGACCUAAACACAGAAAUUUAAUUGUUUUUAUUAUGAGGAGUCUCUAUCUUUCUUCCUAGAUGGAGUUUGCAAAAAUCCCCAAUGUUUUGAAAAAAAUUACAUGCCCACUAAAAUAUUGAUUCUGUUUUUGCUUUUUUGUCACGUUAAGAUCUUUCCAAUGAAAAAACAAAUGCUGAAAGUUUAACUUGACAUGACUUUUACAUUGCAGAACAUAAAAUAGUCCUUUUUCUUUGCAUAAUUCAACCAGAUUAGACAGUUUUAGAGGAUGGACAAAGUGAUGCCACUGCACCAAAAGAUCUGUUUGAUUUUCGGAGGUGGAUUUGCCACCUGGAUUUGAGUCAUUGUGAAGAUUUCACAAUUUGUGGAGAACAGAAUUUAUGGUUCCAGCAAUUAUGACGAGUUGUGUAGGACCUAAAAACUGGCUGGCAGUGCCAUGUUUUCAUGUCAGUAUGAUAGUUGCUUUUAUGGAAAUUGUAUAGUUUUAAACCGAAAACAUCCAAGAUGUUCCAGUCCUGUUCCAACAGUCCACAGAAUAAUUUCCCAAAAGUCUUGUUGGAUCAUUAAGAUGUUUUUUUUUUUGGGAAAAUGUGUGAUGGGCCUUUGUAUUCAUUUAUAUUCAGUUAAUUAUGGUUUUGACCCCAGAAUUCCCAGGUGGAUGCAGUUUUUGUCCACUCCCUCUUUCUCAUCAUUAAAUUACAAACACUGACCUCUAACUAAACCAGGUUUUGCUUGGAGAACUUGAGAUGCUGUUCUGGGUUCUUCUGUGACCUUCUGGUUGAGUAAUUGAUGUGCCAGUGGAGUAAUUUUGUUUGGCCAGCCAUUCCUAAGAGUGUCUUCAUUUUGUCUACAUCAGACUAUGAUCUGUUGCUUUUGGAGACAUUUUAGCCUACGUCAUUGUGUCAGACAGGUUCUAUUUAAGGGGUUCCUUGAAUCCUCAGACCAAGUAGUAAUCAGGCUUGGGUGUGGUUAGUGAAAUUGGUUGGUUUGGAUAGAAUUUUACACUUACAAAUGAGAGCAUCAUUUAAAAAAACACCUUCUCAUAUUUAAUCACAUUAUCUUUUUCUAAAAUUAACUCUUUUUGAUAGUCCAGAACAUCACAUUUUGACAAGGAAGCAAAAACAGAAGAAAUCUAAAAGGUGGCUAUCGCUUUCUCACAGCACUAUAUCCAGGAUGUCUCUCAGCAGUAACCCAAGAACACAGCAUCUCUUUGAACCUCAUUACAAGUUGCUGAGUACUUCCCAUUAAUUUCUCACGGAUGCUGUUAGCUGUGUACCUCUGCUAAGCAUUAUUGCUGAGAAGGGAAACCACUUCUACCUUAUGGGUCGAUGACAAAGUGUAGUUAAGAAACAGGUCGGAUGAAAGCUCCAUAAAAAGCGACUCAAUUCCCCUACCAGUCAAACACAGUACAGUCUAAAGCAAGCACAUUCAAGAGUUUAGACACUUGACCAAUCAUGGGACUUUACUCAUUGACGAAGCUGUGCAAAGGCACUGAACCUAUGAGUGUGUGACUCAUACAGCUGUAAAUGCUGAUUGCUGGCUCUCCCGGCGUUCAAAAGAUCUUCUUACCAUAAAUCUGAGAGACUAGACACUGCCUUGUUUCCACAACAAAUGCACUAAAUGCAGUUGAUUGAAACCUGCUUGUACUAUUGUAAAAAGCUGGUGUUUUCAAAAGCGUUACGACAGACAGGCUCUGGACUGGGGAGACGUAAAGUAUCUCCCAAGAGUGAACUGGAGGACUCUGCCCUUUCAGCUCCUGAGGCACAAGCUGGAUUCACAAGAUGUUACCGUGGAUGGAGAACGCCUACAGGAAAUGCUUAGUGCCUUUACAUCAAGAAGCAUGCCUCGGAUCAUACAGCAUGCUUAACAAGGGCAACGCCGUUUCUCUGCCUAACCACCUCCCAAGCAACGAGUAGCUCUCCGUGCAAAUUGCCAAAACUCAUCUUUGGGAAAAACGCGCCUCUUUCUAUGCUUUCUGUUUGUAUUUUCACAUUAUAUUGAUAAUACAGAAGUUGAUAGACACACUUGGGAACUUUAGUCUCCAGGCAUUUUAAGUGCAUUUCAGUUUAUUUUGUGUAACAUCAAUGACUUUCCAAUGUAUUCAGCCUAAGUUUGAUUUUUGUUUCCCCAACCUGGGUUAAAGCAAGGUUAAAGCAUGGAUCUUUUGUCUUUAUGUGUGCUUCAUAACUUACAGUAUUUACAGUGUCUGUUUUUUGUGUUGUCUCUUUGUUAUAUUUUUUGUGGGUGAUUAUUUGAGAGCUAAUAAAACUAAAUAAAUUGGGAUGUUUAUGGAUAGAGUUUACUAAAAGAUAAUUGAAAAACGUAUAUAUCAUAAUAAAGAAUAUGGUUUCAUCA